AAAAAAUGGAGCACCCUCCAUCGCAUCCCUCCCCAUGUGGCCGCUCGCUCUCCUGCCCGUGCUCGCUGCGCAGCCUGCCCUUGCGGCCCUCCAUGAGCUUUGGUGGAACCUGACCUACGUCGACGGGGUCAACCCUGACGGUCUCGCCCCUCGCCGUGCCAUUGGCGUGAACGGGACAUGGCCGCCCCCCAUGAUCGACAUGAGCAGUAACGACACGCUUCUCCUCCAUGCGACCAACUCCCUCGACACGGUCUCGACGCUCCACCACCACGGCAUGUACUUCAACUCGUCGUCGUGGAACGACGGUGCCGUCGGAGUCUCCGAGUGCGGUAUCCCCCCCGGUGGCUCCGGGUCGUACGCAAUUGACAUUCCCGGUUCUGGACAGUGGGGGUCUUACUGGGUGCAUGCGCAUGCUUCUGGACAAUACGUCGACGGACUUCGCGCACCAUUCGUCAUUCACCCGCCCAAGGAACACUACACCUACGACGACGACUUCACUGCGGUGUUGGGUGACUGGUACCAUGACGAGCACUCUGUCCUCAUGAAGCAGUUCGUGAGCAUCGCCAACCCCGGCGGUGCCGAGCCCAUCCCUUCGUCGGGUCUCAUCUACUUUGCCCAUAACGGCCAGUACCUCGGACCGGCCGCAGGCACAUCACCCCAAUCGGGCACGGCCGUUGGUUACAACGAGAAUGCGACUCUCCCCUUCGAGGCUGGCAAGACGUACCGUAUCCGCGUGAUCAACACGUCCGCGUUCGCGAUGUUCUUCUUCUGGAUAGACGGCCACAACAUGACUGUUGAUGGCACGGACAUCGAGCCCUUCCCGAUCGACCUGCUCACCGUGACUGUCGCCCAGCGCUACUCUAUCCUUGUGACUGCGCGCAACGACACCUCCGCCAACUGGGCUGUCCACGCGAACAUGGACACGGACAUGUUCGAUCGGGUGCCGCCUGCCCUGAACCCGAACUCGACUGCGUCGAUCACGUACUCGUCCUCCGCUCCGCUCACGAACUUGGGAACGAUCGACGCGUACUCGGACGUUGAUGAUAUCCACAUGACCCCGGUUGACCUCGUUGCCGCUCCCCAGUCCGUUGCGCAGACCCUCGAGCUGGAGUUCAACUUUGACACGAUGGACGACGGCACUAACCAUGCCAUGAUCAAUGGAGUCACGUACAACUCCCCUCUCACUCCGGCCAUCCUGAGUGCCUUGACUCUGGGCGAAAAUGCGACGAUAGCCGAAGCGUAUGGUCCCCAGAGCUUCGUUCUGAACCAUCUCGAUGUUGUCGACAUCGUGGUCAAAAACGGGGAUGCCGGGAAGCAUCCUUUCCAUAUUCAUGGACACAAGUUCCAAAUCGUCGAGCGAUCGUCCGACUAUACCUCCAGCGAUCCCUCGGUAAUCACCAUCGCCAACCAGACCAAUCCUCUUCGUCGGGACACGAUCCAAAUCGAGAGCGGAGGCUCUGCCACUCUUCGAAUCGUCGCGGACAACCCCGGUGUCUGGUUCUUCCACUGCCACAUCGAAUGGCAUCUGGAAGUCGGACUCGCAAUCCAGCUCAUUGAGGCACCGAUCCAAGCACAGCAAUUCGCCGCCAACGUCCCGUCCUUCCUGGCGGAGAACUGCGCCGCACUGGACUUGCCUUUCUCGGGCAACGCCGCGGGCCACACUAACCCGACGGAUCUCCAGGGCCUACCGCUGGGGCCGUUCCCGCAGAACAACGGUUGGCACGCGAAGGGGAUCGGUGCGAUGGCAGGCUGCGUCCUGACUGCCUUGCUCGGCAUGCUCUCUGUUGUGUGGUACUCGCUCGGCGGCCAUAUCUCCGAGGAGGAGCAGGAGCAGGAGGUCCGUGCGCGGAUCGAGGCGAAAGAACGUCGGGGCAAGUUCUUUGGGCUGCUGAAAAAGAAGGACUGAGUUCCUGGGGGGCCGGGCACACGAAUGCUCGGAGGGAUGUACGAUUAGAUGCUAUGACAUGUAUGCGAAUGUAUCAUGACUUGAACGGCCCAGUAAUGUCUCCUCUGCUCGUGUUUCGGGCCCGGCGUUUGUCGGGCCGGCGAUUGAAUGACGUGCGUAGGUGUUUAUCGCGGUGCUUCGGGCUUUUUUGAUGCGGCCUGAGGGAGUCGGUCUUGACGACAGCUCGUCCGACUUGAGUUGCAAGUAGCCUACCACGCAUGCUCGCACAUGCCAAUCCCAUCAACCACGUGGUGAUGAUCUGUCAUCCACACCGCCGCUGUCGGGGACGCACCCCGGGGUGCACCAUGGCGAGGCUGGACUCAGUGAAACGCCGUGGUCGGGGAGUUGGGUGAUGCGCGAGCCAACCUGAAGGCCCAAGCACUUGUAUUAAAAGGAUGAUGGUGAGACAUCCCCUCAUUACAUUACGCACUACACCCCCCGACAUUCUGUAAUGGCCUCUGAGAACCUUCCCGAGCUCGUCAUCCGAGAGGUCACCCCGGAUAUCACCACAUUCUCCAAGCCAUUCGCACGGUUCAACAUCCUUCCCUUUGGCGGGCGCUCAACGGCGGUCCGACUGGCCGGCGGGGACGUGUGGGUGCUGGCGUCGACGCCGCUGACGCUGGACACCAAGGCAGCAAUCGACAAGAUGGGUCCCGUAAAGUACAUCAUGGGCGCCGAUGUGGUGCACUACCUGUACCUCGGUCAAUUCAAGGCAGUGUACCCUGAAGCGAAGGUGAUCGGCGUUGAGGCGCUUAUCGAGAAGAUGCGGAAACAGGGUGUCGAGCUUGACGGAGCAUACGGAAAGGACGCCCCCGGGACCAAAUACGGAUUCGAGGACGAGGCCUCGCAGCUACUUCCCCGGAUUCGCAAACAAAGACGUGGCGUGGUUCCACGCCGCAACGAAGACGCUCAUCGUCGCUGAUCUGCUAUUCAACCUACCCGCAACCGAGCAGUACUCGAAGUCCAAGUCUUCUCCCAAGGUGCCGAUCUUUGGGAAAUUAGAUCCGUGGGGCUCUGUGCACAAGUACUUCGUGUGGAGUCAAGGGAAGGACAAGAAGGCCAUGAAGCGGGAUGCACAGACCGUGUUGGACUGGGCGCCGGAGCGGAUUAUCAUGUGCCACGGGGAUGUUAUCGAGAAGAAUGGGACGGACGCCUGGCGGGCGGCGUACUCCAAGUAUUUCGACAUGGCCUGAAGGAUCUUGCGGCGAUAAGUUAUACACAUAUACUACUACUACACACAUAUGGUGGCAUUGCUACGGUUUUGAAACGAUCACUGGUUACACACCA